UUUUGCUCAAAAUGAAUGAUGCAAUGGAUGAAAAAAUCAUAUCUUAUCGUACUACUUUUCUGAUACUCAAGGACCGACCAUGGGGCCGAACUUGAAUCAUGAAAAAAUAUCGAUAUGUCUAACAUUGGUGUGAACGAUCAAAGUCUUUCCCUGAUUUUGUAUCUUUUGAUUAAAGGAGUAACAAACAAGUUGCGACUGAAGGUAAGCGGUCUUGUAUUUGGCAAUUCUUCAAUUUCUCCCGCCAAGCCAUGUGACUUCCCCCCGCUACUACAAUUCUAUUGUUGACAAUUUUUUCUCCCAAGACGUUUUGCAGCAGUAGGAAGGAAAUAAUAAAGUGCAACAAAUAUGUUGAUCCUCGUCAGGGUCAGGGUAGAGCGGAUAAAUCAUAAAUCUCUUGAUUCCUAGACAUAAAUGAAUUGUCUUCGAUAUGGAAGAGAUGGAAAAGUGAAUUUGAGGUUAGAAGUGAAAUAUCUAACGUUUCAAAACAAUGAGUUCUUCAAGAAAAUCCAGAAGAGACAGAGAGAAUGAUAAGACACGACGACAUGCAGAUGAUUUCGGAGCUUCGUCCACUUCAGAAUCCCACCAUCAUCGGAGAUCAUCAGAGAAUUCGGACGACUUCACAUUCACUAGAUUUAGGUACGAGUUGAAUAAAGUCUUUUCUGCGAAUCCCAAUUUAGUGCAGAACCCUGACGACUUCUGGGGAUUUCUAAAAAAAUACGAAGAUGUGCAGAAGAAGUUGGGAGGGAGUCAAGAACCUCCACCGUCGCAUGCAAAGUUGAAUUCAAUUGGAGUUCCCGAUUGUUAUCAUAAAAGCUAUUGUCUCAACCUGAGGCUAAAUCUGAAGUUCGGAGAGCUCUUUGCUAGAAUUCAACAGACAAGAGAGCUGUCCGAUUUCCAGUUGGACCGGUUCAAAGACAUUAUUAUGCUUUAUGUGGACUUCAAGCAAAAGGAGAAGUUCAGAAAGCUGAAGAAGUUGAGGGAGAACCAGGCAAAUUUGCCAGUUGCGAAGCACAGGCAGGAGAUUAUUGAGGCUGUUAAGGAGGAAAGGGUGGUGAUCAUCGCUGGCGACACUGGCUGUGGAAAAUCUACUCAGGUACCUCAGUAUCUGUACUCCGCGGGAUUCACAAAAAUAGCAUGCACUCAGCCUCGCAGGAUCGCCUGUAUAUCCCUCUCGAAGCGCGUGGCAUUCGAGACCCUCACCGAAAACUUGCCAGUGGUGGGCUAUCAAAUCCGUUUCGAGAAGCAACGCAACCAGAACACACAAAUAACCUUCAUAACCGAAGGUCUCCUCUUGCGUCAAGUCUCUUCGGAGACCGGUCUCUCUCAGUACGAUGUAGUAGUCCUCGACGAGGUGCAUGAACGCCACCUCUACGGAGACUUCCUCCUAGGUAUAAUGAAGUGUCUAAUUUACCAGAGACCUGACCUGAAACUGGUGCUUAUGUCCGCCACCAUUAAUAUUCAGCUUUUCGGCUCCUACUUUGCCAAGGAGGAGGUUCGAAUAAUUCAGGUACCAGGUCGUCUGUACCCAAUUCAGCUCCUCUAUCGUCCGAUAACGAUCGACGAUUUUAAAUACAAAAAUGACCGGUUCAAUCCUUCACCCUACGUUCAAAUCCUUCAGUUGAUUGAUAAAAAAUAUCCCCCAGAGGAGAAGGGGGAUUUGCUGAUUUUCUUGAGUGGAAUGAGUGAGAUAACUGCAGUUGUAGAUGCUGCCAAAGAGUAUGCCCAAAAAAAAACCAACUGGAUUAUUUUGCCCCUGCACUCUACCCUCUCCAUCUCCGAACAAGAUAAGGUCUUUGAUUAUCCCCCGGACGGCGUGAGGAAGUGCAUUGUAUCGACUAAUAUUGCGGAGACCUCAAUCACGAUCGACGGAAUACGAUUCGUCGCUGACUCAGGAAAGGUCAAAGAGAUGAGCUACGACCCCAGCUGCAAGAUGCAGCGUCUCAAAGAAUUUUGGAUAUCGAAAGCAAGUGCUGAACAAAGAAAAGGUCGAGCAGGUCGAACGGGUCCAGGUGUGUGCUACCGGGUGUACUCCGACGAAGAAUUCACCUCUCUCGAGAAAUAUUCAACUCCUGAAAUUCAGCGUGUCCCACUGGAUUCUCUUCUCCUCCAGAUGAUGGCAAUGGGCCUGCCCGACCCUCGAAAAUUUCCCUUUAUCGAGCCCCCUCCCCCGCAGAGCCUCGAGAAUUCCAUUCUCUCCCUCAAGGAGCAUGGGGCAAUCACGGAGAAUGAAAAACUCACAUGCAUUGGCAAGACAUUAUCAAGACUUCCUGUGGACAUCACCAUAGGAAAAAUGUUGAUAAUGGGUUCGAUUUUUCAUCAGGUAGAUCCUGUUCUUUCUCUAGCUGCUGCUCUCAGCAUUCAAAAUCCCUUCACAAAUCGAGCGUUCAAGGAUUCAGAGUGUGAAACAUCUCGAAAAAAAUUGGAAUCCGAUCAUGGAGACCCCAUCACGCUGCUCAAUGCUUAUAAAGAAUGGCUGGAAGUCAAACAGGAGAACAGUCAUGAAGGCCGAAACACGAGCAGCACCAGCAGAAGGUGGUGCAAACGUCGAGGUCUCGAGGAGCAACGUUUUUACGAAAUGACAAAGCUACGAAGUCAGUUCAAAGAUCUCCUCAAAGACUGCAAUCUGAUGAAGAACCAGAAUGAAGAGCCGAAUUCAUCGAUGUCAAGCAGUGAAAGAGCCCUCAGAUAUGGUGAACUCAAACUCCUGAAGUCAUUGAAAAGAACCUACAGGCAAUCAUCGAGUAAUAGAAAAAGAAAGCAAUUGAAAGUCGAUGAAUUUGACCUUCAACUGGACAACGAUAACGACAACGACGAAAUUGACAUUAAAGACGUCGAGUUCAGAAUGAGGAAUGAUGCUUCCCAGGUGCAGAAUCUCCUGAACGCCAGUACCGCCUGCUCCUAUAAAGAUCUAACAAUGUUAAAACUGAUUCUUUGCAGUGGACUCUACCCACAAUUCGCCAUUGCUGAUGAAUUUAAUUACUGUAAAUCCACGAAUGAGCAGUUAUUUCAUACUAAAUCAAAACCCUACGUCGCCCUCCACCCGAUGAGUUACUUCGGAAAUCAUCCGCAGAUUUUACAUCUUGAGGAGCCCGACAUUGUUGAUGUGCCUGGGUUCAAGUCAAAGACUCCCGUGAGUCCUAAGCAUCAGCUAUUGGCUUACUUAUCACUUCUCGAAACGACUAAACCAUACUUAGUGAAUACCUUGAGGAUGCCAGCUGCUCAGACUCUUCUUUUAUUUUCUCAAGAGCUCGACACUAAUUCGGUGAUCUCUGUUAUUGUUUGUGAUAAUUCAUUGGGGCUGGAAUUUCCCAUAAUUGAUAGCGGAAUGAAUCUGCUGAUCAGGGCCAUCAGAAUUAGAGCGCAGUGGGAUCUGUUGCUGAAGAGACAGCUGAAGGAUGCCAAGACCGACGAGGAAGACGAGGAAGUGCAGCGGCUACAGGAAAUGGAGUAUGAGCUGAAUAGAAAUUUGAUCGAGUUCAUGCACACCAGUGUUCCUUACACCAUUAAGAGGCUUCUCCCGGCUGAUUUAAACCGAAUUUUCGUUGGACCUGGGGAGAACGAUAUGACGCACAGUUUUGGGGACAGUAAUCCCUUUGAGGAGAAUUUCAAAUGUGUGGUGAAUGGGGCAAAAGGGGGAGUCAAGGUUAAUGAGUAUGUUACGUAUAAUUGCUUGUUGGAGAAUGACUGGAGUGAUAGGAUUGCUGGGGAGAUGAUGGAGAGCCCUUGGGAAUGUGAUAAAUGUGAUUUUAGGGGGAUUGUGGGGUGUGUUGGGAAACUGCAGCAUCGAACGCUGUGUGAUAAGACUCAGAGUAAAAAGAUAGGCCAGGGGGAAAGAGAAGGGGGGAAUAGUGUUAAAGGGAAGAGAAAGGCCAAUUGUAAGGAGUAUGAGUGUGACGAGUGUAAAGAAACAUUAUGGCUGACUCCGAUUGAAAUAUUGAGGCAUAAGAAGGGACACAAUAAAGCAGAGUCUUAAUUGAUUCGGUCGAAUCCUCCUUUUGUUGAUGACGUAGAUGUUUGAAAAUAUUACAUAUAUUUAUGAAAAGUGAAAGUGAAUCCAGGAAUAUGCCAAUGAGGUUUCCGGAAUGAAUGCAUGUCUUCAGAGUUUAGAAUAAUUUUUGUCACUUCCAUUUUCAUUAGAAUACGUUACUUUAUUCAAUUAACUCAAAGUUAAAACGGACUGAGAAUCCGUAGAAUCGUCAAUUCGUAUGAUACAGAAAAAUACGAGUUAAAAAGAACUAAAUUAUUCUUCAAAUCAUUGCAUACAAAAUUAGGAUGAACCAAAUAAUAAUUUUGUAAAUGACACAUAAAUUGUGAAUGAAUUUAAUUAUUUUAUGAGUAAAUCAUGUUGUGAUUCAAUUUGUCAUUAAAAAAAUCCUAUUAAUCUGCCUUUUGUUUUGAUAUUCUCACCCACAUGUGUGUCGUAAAAAUUACUAAAAAAUGAUUAGCGACUGAAAUAAUCAAGUUACACAAAUUUCGUUUCACGUCCACGGCAGAAAAUUGGAAUAAAAGAUGGUACCAACGAAGAUGUAUGACGUAAAAUAUGCUAUGACUAAUCUCGGUUCGAUGGACCGUGUAGUUGGAGUUCUGAAAAAUAUAUUGAAUCCUAAACGGACGUCGUGCUGAUAAUGCAAAUCGUUGCGUUCCUCAUUAGUCAAUAUAAUUGCCGCAUACCAAUACAAAAUUGGACUGGCAGAUGCAAGAAGUCUUGUACUGACUUGGAUAUGUACAUAAAAUAUACAAAACAAAGUUAAAAAUAA